UGAAAGAGGAGCGCCUGGAGGAAAGUAAAGUUGUGUAGUCUUGUUCAUGUUUGUUAAUGUCUCCUGCACAAAAAAAUAUGGCCUCUGGGGAGCCAAAGGACUGUUCAAGCAUCUUACAGUUGGCUCUCACAGUACUUGGCACAGUGACUGGAAUGACCAUCCUAAUAGUAGGAAUCAGCAUGGCAUCAAAAUAUGCUCCGCAACCACAGCAGCAGCCUUUGAUACUCAAAAUUCAUUCUCUAUCGGUAUCAGGUCUUAACGCAUCCAACUUCUUAACCGCGGCAAGCUGGGAUGCAACGCUACUAUUCGCGAAUCAGAACAGCGUAUUAGAGUUGGCCAUUGACGGCUUUGGAAGUUCAUUGUAUUACAAUUACAGUAAUCCUAUUUCAUGUGCUGUUAUGAAGGCCAUGCACCUGGGGCCAAAAAAGCAAAGACUUGCCCAAAUGAAGUUCAACAGCACUCAAUGUGGAGAGGAGCAGCCCUUCAUUGAUGACAGGGUGUUGGAGGGGAUAAGGAAAGAUGAAAUAAAGGGAGAAAUGAGCUUUCACAUAGGGUUGAUGUUGAGCUUGUGGCUGGUACAGGAGAUGGCGGGGUGACCUUUGAUCCUCCUAAGAUCUGCUUAUUCCCGUUAAGAAACUAAUGACAGAUUUCCUUCUUUUAACAUGUUACAUGUAUUAAUUGAUAUAUCUUGUGAGAAUUCGGGGAGGAUUU